AUGCGUGGAUUUCUGUUACUCUGGCUGGUUGCUGCUUCAAGCGCGGCAAAGUUGGGCUACAAUUACCAGACGGCUGUUGACCGUCGCUUUGCUGAGCUAAUUGAUAACGAGGCAACAGGAUUCAGUGCCAGGGAUAAGCAACUACAGACACAACAGCAACAGCAGCAACAGCAACAGCACCAGCAGCAACAUGAGCAGCAACAGCAACAGCAACUGGUGAGCGAUGAAUUCAACAAGGAGUUCUUCACAUAUUCCGCACCCGAGGAGGAGUUUGCCGAUCCAGAGGCUACACAGAACAUAGCCAACAUGCUGAAGCGCAAUCUUCGAGUGCUUUUCAUCAAGUCACCAGAGCACCAAGGACUCACCAAUGCUGCACUCCAGCUGGCCAAACAGUCAAGUGAACAGCGCACGGCCAUCUAUGUAUUGACCAAACAAGCAGAUGUCGGUGAGUUGGCUCAGCGUCUGCAGCACGAGAAUCAGAGCCAGGCCCAUAAGCCUGAGGUGCACUUCGUCAAGUAUCGCACUCCCGAGGAUGCUGUGCGGGCACAGCAACUCAUCCAGCAGCAAUUCGAUGCACUGGGCGGCAGCUCGCGUAGCUCCAAUGAGGGCGUGGCACCCGUGUUGGACUUUAGCUCAGCACCUAAUGCCGCAGAUGUUGGAGGAGCUCAAUCCCAAGCUCAUGCUGCCUCUGGGGCAAAGUAUUUGCCUGCAGCGUAG